AGCACUGAGAUGCUCAACAUCACCUCGGGAGGCCUCACGCCUACUCUGAACGUGUCCCUUCCCCAGGACAAAGACUGCCCCUCCACAGACUUGUGGAACUGGCUCAACACCAUCCAAGCCCCCUUCCUCUGGGUCCUCUUCAUGUUUGCGGCACUCGAGAACAUCUUUGUCCUUAGCGUCUUCUGCCUGCACAAGAGCAACUGCACCGUGGCGGAGAUCUACCUGGGCAACUUGGCCGUGGCAGACCUCAUCCUGGCCUGUGGGCUGCCCUUCUGGGCCAUCACUGUAGCCAACAACUUCGACUGGCUCUUUGGGGAGGUCCUUUGCCGCAUGGUGAGCACCGUGAGUUAUAUGAAUUUGUACAGUAGCAUCUGUUUCCUAAUGCUGGUGAGCAUUGACCGUUACCUGGCCCUGGUGAAAACCAUGUCCAUGGGCCGCAUGCGUGGGGUACACUGGGCUAAACUCUACAGCCUGGUGAUCUGGGGGUGCACCCUGCUACUAAGCUCGCCCAUGCUGGCAUUCCGGACCAUGAAGGAGUAUAGUGAUGAGGGCCACAACGUCACCGCCUGCAUCAUCAUCUACCCGUCCACCACCUGGGAGAUCUUCACCAACGUCCUCCUGAACUUCGUGGGCUUCCUGCUGCCGCUGAUCAUCAUCACCUUCUGCACAGUACGGAUCAUGCAGGUGCUACGCAACAGCGAGAUGCAGAAGUUCAAGGAGAUCCAGACAGAGAGGAAGGCCACGGUGCUGGUCCUGGCUGUUCUGCUGCUGUUUGUCAUCUGCUGGCUGCCCUUCCAGAUAAGCACCUUCCUGGACACACUGCUCCGCCUCGGCGUCCUCUCCAGCUGCUGGGAUGAGCACUUCGUUGACGUCUUCACACAGAUUGGCUCCUACGUGGCCUACAGCAACAGCUGCCUCAAUCCACUGCUGUAUGUGAUCGUGGGCAAGCGCUUCCGAAAGAAGUCAUGGGAGGUGUACAGGGGAUUAUGCCAGAAAUGGGGCUGUGGGCCAGAGCCCACCCAGACAGAGAACUCCAUGGGCACCUUGAGGACCUCCAUCUCGGUGGAACGCCGAGACAAAUUGCCAGAGUGGGUGGGGAGGAACCAGUGA